AUGGGGCUGAUAGCUCCAGCUUUAGGCUUCCCACACCUAUAUAUUUGCCAAAUUAGUCUAGAGGGAACACUUCAGGCAACAUUUAGGAUCAUAGCAACUGCGGUUGUUCUGGAGUUCAACCAUGCUGCACGAAUAGUGAAGAAGAUUAAGCUGGUUGGCUAUCCAUGCAAGAUCUUUAAGAAGACAGCACUCAUCAGGGACAUGUUCACCUCAGAUCUUGAAAUAGCCAGAUUUGAGGGUGCAGCUGUGAGAACAGUUAGCGGUAUCCGUGGGCAGGUGAAGAAGGCAGCAAAAGAAGAUAGUGGUAACCAACCCAAGAAGAAAGGAGGAUAUCCUAAAGAAGGCAUUGCCAGGUGCACUUUUGAGGAUAGGAUUCUGAUGGGUGACAUUGUUUUCCUACGUGCAUGGACUCAAGUUGAAGUUCCUCGCUUUUGGAACCCAUUGACAACAGCGCUGCAACCUCGUAACCAGACCUGGAAAGGAAUGAAAACUGUUGCUGAAUUGAGAAAUGAACGCAAUCUUCCAGUUCCUGUUAACAAGGAUUCACUCUACAUGCCAGUUGAAAGGAAGCCAAAGAAGUUCAAUCCAGUGGUUAUCCCCAAGUCUUUACAGGCAGCCCUCCCGUUUGCUUCAAAGCCCAAGGAUAUUCCGAGUCGGAGACGACUUCUUGAAAAUCGUAGGGCUGUUGUGAUGGAACCUCAUGAGCGCAAAGUGCUUGCGCUUGUUCAACACUAUCAGUUGAUUAGACAUGAGAAGAAGGUUUUGACAGAGAAAGACGAGAGGCCGGAAACUUCUUGA